CCACCGGAAGUGCUUGCUGGAGACAAGCAGCGCCGCCAUUGUGUCGUCUGCACUUCGUUCGGAUCGUGGCAACACAAAACAGUUUGAAAUCGGAUAUAAAUGACACAGCAACUCAUCUGUUGUUGCACAGUUUCGCUUUUUGACGACACGGACUCUUCUUUUUGAGUCUGCACGCCUUGUGAGUAAAGUUUUGAUUGGGCUCACCAUGCAUGCUAGUGCUUUAGCACAGCGGAGCUAGCCGUGUUUUCCUCACUCGUCCACAUCCGAGAGAGUUUAAGCGCUUGUAUUUAGUUAACCAACAGAGAAGAAUAAUCAUGGGUUCGUCCAAGAAACACAAGGAAAAGAGCCGCGACAAGGAGGCAGAGGAGCGCCGUCGUGAGCACAAGAAACACCGCCGCAAGGAGCGCGAUACGGACCGAGAUCGGGACAGUAAAGACAGGCGAAAACGGUCUUCGUCCAGGGACAGAAGUGGCCGUGAGAGCCGCAGCAAAGGAGAGAGGAGCACCGGAGAGCCACGCCCGAAGAGGGAGAAAGUGGACCCAGGGUAUGAGGGGGGGAAUACCGAGACGCAAGCACAGUCUGCAAGCGGAGACGCAUCCCUCAGCAUUGAGGAGACCAACAAGCUCCGAGCCAAGCUGGGCCUGAAGCCUCUAGAGCUGAAUGACGAUAAGAAGGAGCUGGGAACAAAGGAGGAGCCGCUGGUGGCUGAGACUAUCAACCCCGCGCUCAUCCAGAAGCAGAAGGACAUCAAGGAAAAGCUGGCGGCCAUGAAGGAGAAGCGCCUCCUUAACCAAAAACUGGGCAAAGUCAAGACCUUGGCCGAGGAUGACUGGCUGGACGACACGACUGCCUGGGUGGAGAAAAACCGAAAGGCGGCGAAAGAGAAAGAGAUGGCGGAGAAGAGAGCCAAACUCCUGGAGGAGAUGGAUCAGGAGUUUGGCGUGAGCAGCUUGGUGGAAAAGGAGUUUGGACAAACUAGGAACAGCACCUACACGGCCCAUGAUCUAAAGGGCCUUAAAGUACAGCACAAGGUGGACUCCUUCGGCGAGGGCCAAACUGUUAUCCUCACACUGCAGGACAAAGGUGUCCUGGAGGAGGAGGAGGACGUGCUGGAAAAUGUGGGUCUGGUGGACAGGGAGAAGGCAGAAAAGAAUGUGGAGUUGAAGAAGAAGAAGCCAGACUACAAGCCUUACGAAGAGGAGGAGAGUGUGGAAGACAUGGUGACCUUCAAGUCGCGCACUGUGCUGUCAAAGUACGACGAGGAGAUCGAUGGCGAAAAGAAAAAGAGCUUCCGGUUGAACGCGGGGGGCUUUGCCGAUGGCACACGCGAGCGGGAGCUGCAAGUGAUGAGAGAGGUGCUCAGAAGUCAGGCCCAGUCCUUGGAGAUGCCGUCACUCACAAUUGCAUCGGAGUACUACAGCCCGCAGGAAAUGGUGGGCUUCAAGAAGACCAAACGGCGCGUGAAGAAGAUCCGAAAGAAGGACAAGACCAACGUGGCGGACUUUUUGCUCCUUGACGACACCCGCAAUACCGACUUUGGCUCCAGGACGCGAGGCCGAGGCCGCAAAGACGACGACGAAACUGGCGGCGAAAUGAAGGACGGCAGGUGGCCGCACGAGGUAGCGCAGGCGUCCGAUGACGUCAGGACGGCAGAAAUGGAGAUGAGUGACGACGACGACUUCACCCCGCCCGAGCCGAGCGUCAUGGAGGAGGACGAGGCCGAGCUGGAGCUUCAGAAGCAACUGGAGAAGCAGAGGAAACUCAAGCAGAAGCAGCUCCUCAAAGACUCCGGGGAGAAGAUUGCCGAGCAGAUCAAGCAGCUCGCUAAGGACAACCCCGACAACGACUCAGAGAGGAGGAGCAACAUUGUUUUUAACGCCACCUCAGAGUUUUGCAGAACUCUGGGCGAUAUUCCCACAUACGGCUUGUCGGGAAACAGAGAGGACCAAGAGGACAUUAUGGACUUUGAGCAAGAGGAGGAGAAAGAAGGUGCCGGGGACUCCAACUCUGACAUGGACGACAACAUCGGGUGGAGUACCGUCAACUUGGACGAGGAACAGAAACAUCCCGACUUCGCCACGGGCUCUGCCACCAUUUUGGACGAAGAGCCCAUCGUCAACUCUGGCCUGGCUGCUGCCUUGCACCUGUGUAAGAACAAAGGACUGCUGGAAACAGAGGUGCAGAAGGUGGCGCGUGUCAAAGCCACCAAGGGCGCCCUGCCAAACGACAACUACUGCAUCGAGGACAAGAUGGGCUUCGACGACAAGUACAGCCGGCGCGAGGAAUACAGAGGCUUCACGCAGGACUUCAAGGACAAAGACGGCUACAAGCCCGACGUCAAGAUCGAGUACGUGGACGAGUCCGGCCGCAAGCUGACGCCCAAAGAAGCCUUCAGGCAGCUGUCGCACAGGUUCCACGGGAAAGGCUCGGGGAAGAUGAAGACGGAGAGGAGAAUGAAAAAGCUGGAGGAGGAGGCUCUGCUGAAGAAAAUGAGCAGCAGCGACACGCCAUUGGGGACGGUGGCUCUGCUUCAGGAGAAGCAGAAGUCUCAGAAAACGCCGUACAUUGUACUCAGCGGCAGCGGCAAGAGCAUGAACGCAAACACCAUUACUAAGUAGAGUCCGUCAGUUUAGCACACGUGUUUUGAAGUCGGGUGAUUGCUGCAAAUCACGACAAAUGCUUUGUUGUCAUAGAAACAAAUGAUUCAAUAAACGUAUGCAACGAUUUGAUUUUCUUCAUUUUGGUUUACAAUCUUAAU